AUGUAUUUACUUGAGGUAAAUCAGCAUUCAGAGCACAUGAGACAGAGGAUUUGGGACUUACAAGCCUUGGGAUCACCAACACCAAGCCUUGACUUUAUCUCUUUCUUUCAAUUCUGGCCAUCGCUGACUCGCCAGUGUAGCACUCAAAAGCUGCGGGGUGUGGAAAAGGCGGGGGAAAGUACGCGACUGUUCAUGGGCUACGAAGUCGUGGUCAAGGGUCAAGUGCUAUUCCAAAAAAUAGAAGGGCAAACAACUCCCAAAGGUUACCAAACGCUGCAUAACCAAUUGAGUGGCGACAUGCUGUCUCGUCGUGCAUUGUCUACUGCAAGUAAGACACUACGAAUAGGACUUAUUCCCGCAGAUGGAAUCGGACGAGAGGUGAUUCCUGCGGCACGCCAGGCCAUUGAAGCACUCGGUUCGACCAUUCCCAAAACAGAAUUCAUCGACCUAGACGCGGGCUUUGAAUACUUUCAAAAGCAUGGAAAAGCUUUACCAGAAGAGACCUUACAGACAAAAACUGAUACUAUAACUUGGAAUAAUGGCAGCUCGCCGUCCACCAAAGUUGCUGGAUAUUCCUCGCCUAUUGUUGCUCUUCGGAAAGCCAUGGACCUCUAUGCAAAUAUCAGGCCCGUUGUCGGCGUGUCAGCUUCUGGGAAGCCCUCAGUGGAUCUCGUCGUCGUUCGGGAAAAUACAGAAUGCCUGUAUGUUAAACAGGAAAAGCUGGAGAAGGACUCCAACGGAAAACAAGUCGCUAAGGCUACUCGGGUAAUCACAGAGAACGCCUCGAGAAGAAUAGGAGAAAUGGCAUUCAAGCUCGCCGCAGCAAGACCUCGAAAACAUCUCACCAUUAUACACAAGUCAAAUGUCCUCUCGAUUACUGAUGGCCUGUUUCGUGAAUCUGUCCGAGAUGUAUCCAAAGGAUGGCCAGAUGUCCAAGUUGCGGAGCAAUUGGUCGACAGUGCUGUGUACAAACUCUUCCGAGAACCGAGCGUAUUCGAUGUAAUGGUCGCUCCCAAUCUCUAUGGUGACAUUCUAUCCGAUGCUGCGGCUGCACUGGUAGGCUCGUUGGGUGUCGUUCCCUCGGUGAACGCAGGAGAUGAUUUUGUUAUCGGCGAACCGGUCCAUGGAUCUGCCCCUGACAUUGCUGGACAAAACAAGGCAAAUCCGAUUGCUUCUAUUCGAUCAGCUGCCAUGAUGCUGAGACAUCUGGGUUAUGAAGAUGCAGCUCUCCGAAUUGAAAAGGCGGUCGACACGGUAUUGAUCGAGGCCACGACGCUGACACCGGACUUGGGAGGCAAGGCUACGACACAACAAUGUAAAUAUCAAGGAGAGAGGAUCGAAACGUUGCUCUCUGGAACUGGUGAAAAGAGAACAAUCUAG